AUGUUUCUCGCUGUCGGCGCCCUCCUCCACCAACUUCAGACCUUCAACAAACCCACCUCCACCCGCCGAACCAGGACCCUCCUCAUCCUAGGCAUCCUCAUCCCUGUAUCCGCCUAUCACUGCUGGGCAGAUGAAAUCUACAUGCACCAAAUCACUUUCGCAUCGAUGGUGCUCCUGUGCGGUAGGAAGAUCCGCAUGCUGGUCCGCGAGCGCAUUCCCAAUGCCGAGCAGAGGAGCAGACUGCUUAGCUUGGCGAAUGGGGGACUAGGUAAGGCAAAGAUCUCGGGCCCGAAGAUGGUAUUGAGAUUUACCUGGUGGCAUAUCUUGACCGGCAUUGGUGCGUACGUUGGCAUGGCUGUCGUGGAGUAUCUGGUUACAGUCGAAGAUGGAAAAACAGACAAGAUUGAAGAAGGAUUCGUCUGGCCCGUCAAUGCUGUUUUGCGAAACCUUGAUGCCGCGUCGUCAGGCAAGAAGGCUCGGUAG